UUAGUUUAUGCAUUUUAUCUCCUACCAACUGUUGGUUUAGGGUUUUUCAUGGCGGACUGUUAAGGCUUUAGUAGAACUUGAAUUGCGCACCGAUACGUGGUGACAUGAAAUAGAAACGGGAAUCUGUGAAAUUGAAACAACUAGGCUGGGAUGGCAGCUCGAGUGUUUGAAGAAAUGGAUAUAUGAAGUUUGAUUUCCUCUUAGCUUGGAGACAGUAUAAGCUCAGAUCUUUGGGUAUCUUAAGAGAUAAAUCCGAUCUUGGUGAUUUCAGUGUUUUAACAAUGUAAGCAGUUUUCAAAAAACGCAUAUACAUAUAUAUUCAGAGAGUGCGUCGACAAGCUAUAAACACAAAUUACUGUGAUUUACGAUAGUGUUCAACAUUUACGGAAACACUUGUAAAACAGUUAAUCUUAAAUCACCGAGUAAACUUCCUUUUUUACCGAUUAGUGAACGAUUAAAAUUCCAGGUUGAAGGCGUUUGAUAAUAAAUCUGUACAAGGAGUGUUUUGAGGGAUUAUUAAAUAGUGUUUGGAAUAAUAAAACUAAUAUAUAAAAACCUUAAAAAACAUGUACAACAAAUUAAAAGAUCGAGCCAAAAUCACCGAUCAAGAUCCAUGUUUUAAGGCGCGCUAUAUUGGAAGCGCAGCGACGUUUACAGCUUCCGGUCGAGGCUGCACAACGCCGCUUGUGCAGAAACUCUGGGACAACUCGGAGGAAGAACACUUCCUGCCUCGUGUCGUGCUAAAAAUAACCGCUUCCGGUAUACAAAUGAAAUAUUUGGACAAGAAAAAAGCGCCAUCACAAGAAUUCCCCAUUGAAAAUAUUUCAUUUUGUAACGUGGACCUUGAAGUAAACGACAGGAUAUUUUCCUGGAUAUUCCGCCCGUCGGACGAUCAAAUGUGGACAUGUCACGCUGUCGUCUGCUCCGGCACGGAAAAGGCGCGAGCGAUGGCGCUCGUGUUGACACGCGCUUUUCACGUGGCUUACAAGGAAUGGAAAGCAGAGCAGACGAAAGGAGUCCGAGAACUGGAGAAGAUAAACAGGACUCAGUCACUUCCCGCUAUCUCUUUGAUGAAAAAGUCCAAAACGAGGACAACGGUUGCUAAGCGACAGAGUUUGAACACUCAAACAGUAGAAACCAUGGAUAUACCAAUGAAGGACUUUAAGUCUGAAACCCUGAGCACAAAUAAUCACGACAAAUUCAAACCCGAAAGUGACGCAGACAUUAAACCAGGAACGUCACGCGAUUACGUCACGAGUGAUGUCACGAACGCUGAUAAUGAAGAACCGGAAAUAUGUGAUCUGAGAUUGUAAAUAAAGACCAAUUUGGUAUCGGAGAAGUCAAGUUGAAUGUGGUUAAGAAAAAUACAAUUUUUAUUGAGUCAUUAUUCAUCUAUAUGUUAUAUAUA